AUGCUAAAGGCGAAUCCGAUGAUGCAAGCCAACGAAGAACAGAAUUGGGAUGACAUCAUCGCCGUGAUCAACGAUGACCAAUUUGAGACACGGGUGAAACAAAUGAAAGACAUCUUCCCGCAAUUGCCCAAAGAUAUCAUUGAGAAUCACGUAAAAAACUAUGAGUUCGAUCAUGCCAUGGAGAAACUCUUAGCAAUAGCGGUCCAAUAUGACGAGACGACUCCAGGUUCCAGUCGGAGAUGGCAAGAAGAUCCAUCAAUGCACACAGGAAGCUCCGUUGAGCUAAUCGACAAUCUGGUCUACAUCGGCGACGACAUGCCGAGCAGUAGCCGAGCUCAGAAAUUGGACCCUGGCCCAUCAGGCAGCCGACUCUUCGCUCCCGCCCCACCCAAGUCACAAGAGCCACUUCUGCUCGAGUUGCCAAAGGAUAUGGACUUGAAAGCCUGGAAUGAAGAGCAAGUGGCCGAGAACCUCUGGGCUGAACUCAUCAGAAGAAGCCAAUUCGUUCACCGCGUAAAACCGACCCGAACUGUUAGCGAGGUGCACGAGAUGAAAAUGUUCCUGAGGGACAACUUCCCCCAGAUCCGAAUGCCGGUGAUCCACACUCUUGCCGAGAUUCAGGACUUCUACCAGUGCAUGUUGAUUCUGAAGCUGGCGAUGCUCGGCUGGGAACAGCGGCUGGUCGAAUCGAAACAUAAGUUUAUACCAAAAGCUCUCACCCCGGCUCUUUGCUCGGCUGAUCGCAUCGCUUCGCGUUCCGGGGAAGCUGAUCUCCAUACCGUAAUCAAGAUCCCACCCCUCUGCGAACAAAUUUGGAGGAACUACCUUGAGAUCAUCAAUUUUGAUUACACGAAACAGCUUCUCCAAUUGACACGCUUCGAUUGUCCGGUUUGCUACGAUACAUUCGAUAACACGGACGCGAUCCUUUGCACCGCUUUUGAUCGGACGAGUGAGCUACGAGGCUAUGGACAUACAUUUUGUGCACAGUGUGUGCGCCAUCAUGCGAUCGCGUUGACCACCGAGAUGUCGAUUGGACCGGGAGGGUUGGGAGUGAAAUGUCUGGAGCACGAAUGUGAUGGAAUCGUUCUAUCGGCUCACGUUGUUCCGCACCUCUCUGAGACCGAGUUGCUCGUGUUCACGAAACGACAAGACGAGGAGGCGAUCCGGUGCGCGAAAUUGGAAAACGUUGAAAGUUGCCAACAAUGCUCAUUCGUCGCCGAGAUCUUGACUUCGAAAGAAGAAAACUUGGUGUUCGUUUGUCAAAACCCGAAAUGUGGACAUCAACAUUGCAGACUUUGCGCUAAACCCUACAAUGACAAGCACAAAGGCCGCAAAUGCAAUGAAAUUCUAACAGUGAAUGAUGUGGAGAGGAUGAAAAAAGAAGAAGAGCUGACGCUGUUGAUGAUUCGAAAGUGCGCCAAUUGUGGGCUCUCAUUUCAACGAGACUCUGGAUGCAACAAAAUGACGUGUCCGAGUUGUAAAACUACUCAAUGUUAUGUGUGCCGUCAGAGCAACAUUGGAUAUGAUCAUUUCGGUGGAAAAGGUCGCUGUCAAAUGCAUACGAACGAUCGAGAAAUUCACAACAGAGAUGAAAAAAAUGCGGCAAGAAUCCAUUCGCAAUGCGGCCGGGAAUGCCAAUCUGAAAGAAGAGGAUCGCCUCAAGUUCUUCUAAUCGCUCAACAACAACAACAACAACAACGACAU